CUGGAUUCUGUUGACAUGCAGUCUUCUAGAAUUCCAGGCCGAAAAAGAGGAAGACCUCCGCUCCAUUCAAGUCCUAUGAAAAUGACAGUUCAUAAUCUUUACUCUUCAUCUCCUGGUUCUCUACCGGUUGUGAAGAUCCCAAAGAAGCGAGGGAGAAAACCUGGAUAUAAGCUGAAAUCUCGUGUUCUAAUGACUCCUUUAGCAAUCUCCCCACCAAGAAGCACCCCAGAACCUGAUAUUAGUUCAAUCCCCCAGGAUGCGGCUACGAUUCCAAACUCGGCAGCACCACAAGCCCUCACAGUCUGCCUUUAUGUCAACAAGCAAGCAAAUGUGGGGCCGUACCUUGAACGAAAGAGAGUGCAGCAACUGCCAGAUCAUUUUGGGCCUGAACGACCUUCCAUGGUGCUACAGCAGGCAGUUCAGGCAUGCAUUGAUUGUGCCCACCAGCAAAAGACUGUCUUCUCACUUGUCAAGCAGGGCUAUGGUGCAGAAAUGGUGUCAGUUUCUGCCUCUUUUGAAGGAAAACAGCACCUCUUGAGCCUCCCAGUUGUGAACAGUAUUGGUUACGUUUUGCGAUUCCUCAAAAAGCUUUGCCGUAACUUAUUAUGCGACAAUCUUUUCAGCAACCAGCCUUUUCCACAAUAUAACACUUCUGAAAAUCCAGAAGGGUAUGAAAAUGGACAGAUGGAAUCAGAAACAGUUAUACCUGAAGAUUAUCUGGUUGAUCCACUGGCUACAAAGCAUUACAGCAUUGAUCCCUCCGAUUCAGCAUUUAAUUGCAUGGGAUCAUUGUACUCUAUGAGGCAGAGUUCUGGAGAGGGACGGCAUGGUGGAGGGUCAUCUUCCACCUGCAGCCAUCGUUCUGCUCAAGUGGCUUCUGGAGGACCAUCAACCACUACUCUGAGGCAUCAAACAUCAAGCCCAACCAGAAACGGAACCAUUCUGGAAGGAAACAGAAAUGCCUCCAGUCCAUCUCCAGAAAGACAGGAUGCCACAAGACCCAUGAGCAAAAAUCCUUUGACCUGGACUGUUGAUGACGUGGUAUGGUUUGUUAAAGAUGCGGAUCCUCAAGCUUUAGGACCCCAUGUGGAACUCUUCAGGAAACAUGAGAUUGAUGGCAAUGCUCUCUUGCUACUGAAAAGCGACAUGAUCAUGAAAUAUUUGGGUCUGAAGCUGGGACCAGCACUCAAACUCUGUUAUCACAUCGAUAAAUUGAAACAAGCCAAGUUCUGA